GUCUCCGAAUUGGGUUAAUAAAAGGUAAAAACAAACUACAAACUAAACGUACUUCGCACUCUGCAAAACCCAAACACUGUCUCCGUCUGGAUGGCGGCAUCGCGAAUCGUGGCCCAUCCUCCGCCCUAUCCCCACCGUCAAUCUCCGCCGUCAGAUGCCCCGCCGUCCCUCAACCUCACACUUAAUCCAAAACGGUACCGUAACCUCGGCAUUCGCGCCUCCCUUCGCGGCCACGAGGAGAAGAACAAGAACGAUCUCGCCGAUAAACCCCACUCCGUCGAGUUGCGAGCCACCAGCACCCCCGACGACGUCGUUUCCCGAGAUCUGCUCUCUCUUCCGCGGCCUUUGUCUUCGACUCAGUUAUCUGCUUCGGUGUCCGAUAGCUCUCGCCUUCGUGUUGCAUAUCAGGGGGUUCGUGGUGCUUAUAGUGAAUCAGCAGCACAGAAGGCCUACCCAAAUUGUGAAGCUGUGCCUUGUGAGCAAUUCGACACCGCAUUUGAUGCUGUUGAAAGGUGGCUUGUGGACAGAGCAGUUUUGCCUAUUGAGAAUUCUUUAGGAGGGAGCAUCCACAGAAAUUAUGACCUUUUACUCCGGCACAGUUUACAUAUAGUAGGAGAAGUAAAUUUUGCAGUUCGACACUGUUUGAUGGCCAACCAUGGUGUUAAACGUGAGGAUUUAAAACGGGUUCUAAGUCAUCCACAGGCUCUUGCUCAAUGUGAGAACACACUGACAAAAUUUGGAUUGGUGCGAGAAGCAGUUGAUGAUACGGCUGGUGCUGCUAAGCAUGUUGCCUACCACAAACUACAAGAUGCAGGAGCAGUUGCUAGUUCUGCUGCCGCAAAGAUCUAUGGCUUGAAUAUACUUGAUCAAGACAUUCAGGAUGAUAGUGAUAAUGUCACCCGAUUUUUAAUGUUAGCACGAGAACCUAUGAUUCCUGGCACUGAUAGGCGAUUUAAGACUAGCAUAGUAUUUUCUUUAGAAGAGGGUCCUGGGAUACUUUUCAAAGCCCUUGCUGUUUUUGCUUUGCGUCAGAUUAACCUUACAAAGAUUGAAAGUCGUCCUUUGCGCAACCAACCUCUACGAGCAGAUGAUAGCAACAAUUCCAAGUACUUUGAUUAUCUUUUCUAUGUUGAUUUUGAAGCAUCAAUGGCUGAGCAGAGUGCACAAAAUGCCCUGAGGCAUCUAAAGGAGUUUGCUACAUUCUUGCGAGUGCUAGGGAGCUAUCCUGUGGACACUAGCUUGACGUAAAUAAUCUUCAAAAGUGGAAUCCCCGUUCCUUGUUGCUUUAGCUUGUAUGCCUUUAGUCUCUGUUUUCUUGGUUCGGUGACAACCCUGCAUCCUCCUCCCCAUCCUCCCCCUCAUAGAAAAUGAAAAGAAAAAAGAGAAGGUAUCCAAUGCAAAUGAUAACAACUUUGCUUUCCUGAUAGAUGUUUGUGUCAUUGCUAAAAUUGAUUAAGUGAUGUGAUGUUGCUAUUGGAUUAUUGCUUUUGUUGGGAAUAAAAUUGUAUCGUUUAUUUUGUAGUCA